AUGGAAGUCCGCCGGUCUAACAUGGUCGCCGCAAAGGCGAUCAGCGAUGCAGUGCGGACAUCGCUGGGCCCGAGAGGAAUGGACAAGAUGAUCCAAACAUCCAAGGGCGAGCUAAUCAUUACCAACGAUGGUGCUACCAUCCUCAAGAGCAUCCAAGCUCUGCAUCCGGCUGCGAAGAUGCUUGUCGAUCUCUCCGCCGCACAAGACGUGGAAGCUGGUGACGGUACCACCUCCGUCGUCGUUCUUGCGGGAAGUCUCCUUGGUGCUGCAGAGAAGAUGCUGCAAAAGGGUAUACACCCAACCGUCAUCGCCGAGUCCUUCCAAAGAGCGUCGGCGAAGGCGGUAGAAUAUCUCACCGAAAUCUCCACCCCCAUUAACCUCGACGACAAGACUUCCCUCCUCCGUGCCGCGACCACCUCCCUGAACUCAAAAAUCGUAUCACAAUAUUCCUCCACCCUCGCCCCCAUCGCCGUCUCUGCGGUCACUCGACUGGCUACUGCCACUUCUUCAAAUGUCGACCUCCGUGAUAUAAGAGUGGUCAAGAAGGUCGGCGGCACGAUCGAGGACACAGAGCUCGUAGACGGCGUCGUGCUCAACCAAAACGUCGUUACGACUGUCGGCGGGCCCACGCGGAUAGAGAAGGCCAAGAUCGGAAUCAUCCAGUUUCAGCUCAGUGCCCCAAAACCUGACAUGGACAAUACGGUCGUAAUCAAUGACUACCGUCAGAUGGACAAGGUGAUCAAAGAAGGGCGUCAGUAUCUGCUCAACAUAUGUAAGAAGAUCAAAAAGGCAAACUGCAACGUUCUCCUCAUCCAAAAGUCUAUCCUCCGCGACGCUGUCGACGACGUCUCGCUCACCUUCCUCAAGCGCCUCAACAUCCUUGUCGUCAAGGACGUCGAGCGCGAUGAAAUCGAAUUCCUCUCCAAGAGCCUGGGCUGCAAGCCCAUCGCAGAUAUCGAGGGGUUCACGGAGGACAAGCUUGGGUACGCGGACCUCGUCGAGGAGACGACACACGCGGGCGCGAAAGUCGUGCGCAUCACGGGCGUGAAGAACAGGGGGCGAACGGUCAGCGUGCUUGCGAUGGGCAGCAACGGCCUUGUCCUGGAGGAGUGUGAGCGUAGUCUGCAUGAUGCACUCUGUGUUGUCCGCUGCCUCGUCAAGAAGCGGGCACUCAUCGCUGGUGGUGGCGCACCGGAGAUCCACGUCUCACGACUGCUCUCGCAAUACGCGCACUCGCUCAAGGGCAUGGAGGCAUACUGCUUCCAAGCGUACGCUGAUGCGCUCGAGGUCAUCCCCACGACGCUCGCCGAGAAUGCGGGUCUGAACCCGAUCGCGAUCGUCACCGAGCUCCGGAACCGGCAUGCGCUCGGCGAGCGCAAUGCUGGCAUCAAUGUCCGUAAGGGCUUGAUCUCGAACAUCCUCGAAGAGGAUGUAGUGCAGCCGCUGCUCGUGUCGACGAGCGCGAUCGAGCUCUCGACGGAGACGGUGUGCCUGCUGCUCAAGAUCGACGACUAUGUCCAGACACGAUAG